AUGUUUCCCUAUAACGAGCUAAUCCUACUUGGCUAUACACAAUUCUUCGACACUUGUGCUCUUCUUCGGAUGUUUGCGAAGUGUGCCGCGAAUUCUAUCCAACUCACACGCAAGCCAAUUCCGAAAGAUGAGCCCAAAUCCGAUAUUGCCGAAACGAUUCUCAACGAUAUUUUUGGGAAGAAGCGUAGAAAGCGUGAUGCUCAAGUGGAUUCGAAGGCGUCGUCGAAGAAGGAUGAAGACUACUAUGCUUAUGAAGAUGAUGCUGAUUAUCUUGAUGGAAUCGCCAAUUCAACCGGAACCAAAAAGCCCGAAGUGGACACAACGUGUCUUGAGUACGGAUCAUCAUUCCUCGAGUGGAUGAGAAACAAUCCGGAUCGUCAUGGCGAGUUCUUGACGAAAGAGGAGAUGCCAAAGUACCCCAAUUAUGGUGACGUGAUGACCGGCGGAUGCAAAGGAUUUGGAAAGAAGAUUAUGGAAUGGCCAGAGGAUUUGAUAAUUGGAGGAAUCCAGAGAGAGAAUGGUAAACUCAAAUCAGCCGAGGCACUUCAAUCAGUCUUCCUCGUCUCGUCACCAUAUGAUGUGUUCUUGAGAAUCUCGCAAGACAAGUCCGACAGCCAUCCAAAUCUUGACAAGAAACGCUGGAGUCCAUUCAUGGCCGAGCAAAUCAUCUCAUCGUGGCAGAGAAACUUCACAAAGAAGCUCUACGGCCAUGAGAUGAAUCAUCAAGUGGAAGGGACCAGAGUCUUUCAUCCAUUGGCUUCUACUUCCAUCGCCGAUAUGCUCGAGGAGUUCUCCCAAUUCAACUACAUCAUCAUCGUCAUUGGAUACGUGUUGAUGGUCAUCUAUGCUGCAUUCACACAAGGUCGCUUCCAAGGAUAUUGGCUCGCAAUUCAAUCGAACGUCGCUCUCGCCGUCGUUGGUGUCAUCCUCGUCACCUUCUCGUCGAUUUGCGGAUUGGGUUUCGCUACUCAUCUCGGUAUCAACUUCAACGCCGCCACCACUCAAGUCGUUCCAUUCCUCUCUCUUGGCCUCGGAAUUGAUGACAUGUUCUUGCUGCUCCAUAACUACGAUGAGAUUAUCAACAUUUGCGGGAAGAAUGAGAUCGGAGUGCUGCUCAAAGAAACCGGAAUGUCUGUUAUGGUGACAUCGAUCAACAACAUUCUUGCGUUCAUCUCGGGAUACGUUCUCCCAAUCCCAGCUCUUCGCUCGUUCUGCUCCCAAACCGCCAUCCUUCUGCUCUUCAACUUGCUCUUCCUCAUGUUCAUCUUCCCGGCCAUGAUCGGAAUCGAUCUUCGCCGUCAACGACGCGGUCAACGUGAUCUUGCCUACUGCUCAAAGGGUGUCAAGAAGAUGCCACCAAGCGAGAGUGUCCCAUCGAAUGUGUCGAAUAAAUCUCAGGUUUCCUCAAAAGCGGAACUUGCCGCAUACAAUGUUGCCGAAGAAUUCAAGAGAUAUGAGCCAUGGUAUACUGUUGGAGGAUUCUUGAACAAUAUUUAUAUACCAGCCCUUAAAAAACCACUAGUUAAAGCUAUAAUUCUUGGAGGAACGUUGACUGCCGUGAUCUUUGGAUUAUAUGGAAUGUAUUCGUCGACUCUUGGUCUUGAAUUGGCCGAUGUUCUCCCUGAACAUACUCCGCCAGCAGCAUUCCUUAGAGCCCGCGAAAAAUACUUUUCCUUCUACCCAAUGUUUGCUGUCCUUCGUGGAAAUGCCAUCGAUAUUCCAAAUCAGCAACAACUCAUCGAAGAAUAUCGAGAUCAACUUGGAACGUCAAAAUACAUGCUCAAGGCUGAAGGAAAACUGCAGCCCUACUGGAUGUCAAUGCUUCGAGUUUGGCUUCAGUCUCUCGAUAAGGCAUUAGAGAAAGAUCUGGCGGAUGGAAAGUUCGACUUGAAGACCGGCAAUCCGAUCAAGGUUAAUGGAGAGAAACCAAUGCCUGAAGCAAUGAUUGCCGCGAGAUUGGUGUGCUCAUUCGGAAAUAAAUACGACUGCAACGGCCGAUUGGGAAAGAUCAAGAUGGUCGAUGAGCAUGGAAUUAUCCGGCCCGACGCUUUCUAUAAUUAUCUGACUGCUUGGUACAAUGUUGAUAACAUGAUGUACUAUGUCUCCCAAGCUUCCUUCUUCCCACUUCCUCCAGGUUGGGAGUACAGCGAGAAAGACGCCAAAGUCGUUCCUGCAGCUCCAAAACUCCUCUAUUCACAAAUUCCGUUCUACCAGAACGAGCUCAUCGAUACUCCCUCGAUUGUCAAGAUGAUUGAAGAGAUUCGUGGAAUCUGUGAAGAAUACACUGAUCGCGGACUUCCGAACUAUCCGUCCGGAAUUGCUUUCACUUUCUGGGAGCAGUACCUAUCGUUGCGAAUGAAUCUGUUCAUGGCAAUUCUGAUCAUUGCUGCCGCUGUCUUCACUGUCAUCUCGGUGCUUAUGUUCAAUCCAUGGGCUGCUUCAUUGAUCAUGACAAUUGUGGUAAUUACUACAAUUGAACUUGGAGGAUUCAUGGGAUUAAUGGGAAUCAAGAUGAACCCGAUUUCGGCUGUCACUUUGAUCUGCGCUGUGGGAAUUGGAGUCGAAUUUACUGCUCACGUCGAGCUUGCCUUCUUAACAGCACUCGGAACAAUUCAUCAGCGUUUGGAAUCUUGCUUAAAACAUAUGUUCGUCCCGGUGUAUCAUGGAGCAAUUUCGACAUUCCUUGGAGUCGUCAUGCUUGUCUUUUCUGAGUUUGACUUCGUCGUUAAAUAUUUCUUCUACACAAUGACGGUUCUCGUGGCACUCGGUGUCUUCAACGGACUUUGUGUGCUGCCAAUCAUUUUGACGUUGAUUGGUCCUGAGCCAGAAUUGACGCCGAAUGAUGGAUCAGCGCAUUUGGAUCCGCCGCCACCAUUGAGCGAACAACGCUCCGGCAAGGAUAUUUUCAGUGAAAGCGGCUUGAAGAAAAGAAAAAAUAAGAAGUCAUCGGAGGUCGAAAUGUCCUCAAGAGACUCUCCAUCAAGAUCUUCUGACGAGGAAGCGUCUGAUAGUACGGUUGUUCAUCGAAAAGAGUAG